UUUAUUUUGAAAUGUCUUAAUGCGUGUUUGCGUCGCAUUACUGUAGUGAAGACUUUCGUUUUCAUGUCACAUGAAUUGUACGCAGAAUGGCUUUUCAGUGUCAAAGAGACAGUUAUAUGCAGGAGUUUGACACGUCUGUUGUGUCAUGUGAGCCUGUGGACUUAAAACUUGAAAACAACGGUAAGAAAGAGAAAGUGAAGGGGUUUAAUGUGAAGCUGAAGGACACUAUUCUGUUUCCAGAGGGCGGAGGGCAGCCUGAUGAUCUCGGGACGAUCGCGGGCGUCCCUGUCCUGCGUGUGAUGAGGCAGGGUACUGAAGCUGUGCAUUUCAUCACGUCUGCUCUGGAGGAGGGUCAGGAGGUCCACAUCAAGCUCGACUGGGAGAGACGCUUUGACCACAUGCAGCAGCAUACAGGACAACACUUAAUCACGGCUUUAGCAGACAAGAUGUUCGGAUACAAAACCACCUCUUGGGAGCUGGGUCGUCAGCGGAGCUCUAUCGAGCUGGACACGGCGGCAGCGAAGCCCGGAGAGAUGGAGGCUCUGGAGGCAGCUGUAAAUGAGAAGAUCCGAGCUCACGUUCCAGUCAUUGUCCAUCUCCUGUCCACCGAUGAUCCUGCUGUAGAGAAGGUGAGAAGUCGUGGACUUCCUGAAGAUCAUGCCGGACCCAUCCGAGUCAUUGACAUUGAGGGUGUAGAUGCCAACAUGUGCUGUGGGACUCACGUUUCUAAUCUCAGUCACCUACAGGUUAUAAAGAUUCUGGGGACCGAGAAAGGCAAGAAAAAUAAAACCAACCUGAUGUUUAUGGCGGGGAACCGAGUGUUGAAAUACGCAGAGAGGAGUUACAGCAUUGAGAAGUCUCUGACAGGCCUCCUCAAAACAGGGGCAGAGGAUCACGUCGACGCCGUGGACAAACUACAGAAGACAGUCAAGCGUCUCCAGAAGAGUCAUCUCACGGUCCUGAGGGACAUGGCUGUUCUGAUAGCGCAGAACUUCAAAAACAAACCAGACAGAGGACACUUCUUCAGCUUACACAACAAAGAUGGUGACAAUGAGUUCAUGAACAUCAUCGCAAAUGAAAUUGGAUUUCAGGACACUAUGAUCUUUCUGACCGUAGGAGAGGAAAAGGGCGCAGGACUGUUCCUCCUCGCAGGGCCCGAGAACAUCGUGACUGAACAAGGACCUCGGGUGUCCGAGCUGCUGCAGGGUAAAGGUGCUGGAAAAGCAGGACGUUACCAGGGUAAAUCCAACAGUCUGGUGAGGAGAGCGGAAGCCGAAGCUUUACUUCAGGAGCACAGCUGCAAACUCGCAUUGGUAGAGGAGUAAACCGGCCGUGAACUCACCGCGGUACAGGUGUAAACCAGCUGUGGUAGAGGAGUGAAGGAGUUGAGUCGGCACACACUGACACCUUCAGAUGAACAGAUGAUUCAGAUUCACUUAAGAAUCAAGUGAUUUGACUCCUGACAGCUACAGUCAUUACUGUAAUCACAGAAUGUGAUUCUUUUUAAAAAUGCUUGUACUAUUGUAUAUAAAACAUCAUCUUAGUUUGGUGUGAAAUAAAUGGCAGGUCCCUUAACAAUUAA